GCAGUGGCCAGACGCCGGGCCGGCCGACCGUCGGCUGCCGGCCGCCAUCCCCAUCAGACUGUGGGCGCCGUCAUGCCGAUCGGACUGCUGUGAGCGCGGCCUGGCGGUGCUGUCGAAACUGUCCCGCCGGAGACUCCAGAACUGUCCCGUCGGAACUGUCCCGCCGGACACUCUGAAAAAAAAAACAGUGCCUGAGUACGAGUGUAGUGAGUGUGUCCAGGCCUUUCGGUGUGUGGUGAGCUUGUCCAGGCCUGUGGCGAGUGAAGUGAGCUUGUCCAGGCCUGUGACGAGUGAAGUGAGCUUGUCCAGGCCUGUGGCGAGUGAAGUGAGCUUGUCCAGGCCUGUGACGAGUGAAGCGAGCUUGUCCAGGCCGUUCGGAGUGUGGUGAGCUUGUCCAGGCCUGUGGCGAGUGAAGUGAGCUUGUCCAGGCCGUUCGGAGUGUGGUGAGCUUGUCCAGGCCUGUGACGAGUGAAGUGAGCUUGUCCAGGCCUGUGACGAGUGAAGCGAGCUUGUCCAGGCCGUUCGGAGUGUGGUGAGCUUGUCCAGGCCUGUGGCGAGUGAAGCGAGCUUGUCCAGCCACGGCGCGGCGCUGAUGAGCUCCCCGGCGUCCACAAUGGCGUGCACUGUGACGGCGCUACUCGACAAUCCCGUGUCACGCUUCCACCAGGUGGUGCACGCUACCGACAAGGCCAUGGAAACGAUACGAGAGGAUACAGAGCAUGAAUGGGACCCAGAGAAGGUGCAGAAGAAAUAUGGCGCGCUGCCUGGUGAGGUGCUAUGGAUCGAGUUGGAGAAGGGUAGCCACGGCCUGGGCCUCUCGCUAGCCGGCAACAAGGACCGCACACGCAUGUCCGUGUUCGUUUGCGGCCUCAAUCCUCAGGGGAACGCCUUCAAGGACGGGCGAAUCCGCACCGGCGACGAGAUUCUCGAGGUGAACGGCCAGGUUCUGCAUGGUCGAUGCCAUCUGAACGCCUCAGCCAUCAUUAAAGGUCUGCCUGGCCCGAUUAUCAAGAUCAUCCUGCUCAGACGAGAAGACGCGUUAGAAGAUCUGGCCGUGCGGCCCAUUACGCAGUUUCCGGUCUCACUUCAGGACGAGCCGCUCUAUGACGUCACUCAUGCGGUCAUACCUCCGCCGGCCGGAGACCACACGCGCCGCAAACCUGAUGACUUUCUGGAGCCGCCGGCGCUGCGUCACGUUGCUAGCGCCAUACACAGCUAG